AUGAAAACAACAUGCAUGGGAAUAUUUUGUUGUGCGAUUUUGCCUCACAUUUUGGAAGCUUUACCUCAUAUCGACGUCAGAACUAACAGUGGCUUGGUUCGAGGCCUCCUGAGUAACGUUCGAGGAACCGAAGUUGCGUCGUUUCUGGGUGUACCGUACGCAAGGUCGCCAGAAGGAGAACUGCGCUUUCGACCCCCGCAGAAAAUCGACCCAUGGAGCGGAGUGAAGGAAGUCACACAGCUGGCUACGGCGUGUCACCAGACCAAGGACACGGCUUUUCCUGGAUUUCGUGGAGCCGAAAUGUGGAACCCUAAUACGGCUAUGAGCGAGAACUGUUUACAGAUGAACAUAUGGGUUCCAAACGGAGUUCGCAACGCCACAGUAAUGGUUUGGUUCUAUGGAGGUGGUUUCUUUUACGGAAGUCCUUCGCUGGAAAUUUACGAUGGCCGAGCGAUCGCCAGUGAGGGAAAGGUUAUCGUCAUAAACAUUAACUACAGGGUGGCGUCGUUCGGCUUCUUGUUCUUGGAUGACGUAGAGGCUCCGGGAAACAUGGGACUGCUUGACCAACGUUUGGCGUUGGAGUGGAUUCAAGAGAAUAUAGUCUUCUUCGGAGGCAAUCCGGAGAGCGUGUGCCUUUUUGGAGAGAGUGCCGGUGGGGCCAGUAUCUUCGCUCACGUGUUGGCUGACAGUAGUCGUCGUCUGUUCAAAAGCAUUGUCAUCCAAAGCGCUGCGCUGGACAAUCCGUGGGCGAUGGACGACCCUUCGAGGGCGAAGGCGAAGUCGGAACAGUUCGUGUCUCUGCUGAACUGUUCCCGCCCGUCGGCGGCUGAAGCCGUCCAUUGCCUGAGGGACAAAAGCCCUGAGCAGCUGAACGACGCCCUGACAAAAAUCACCGUAGGGUUCAUGGAAUUUCCUCUGGUCAUCGUCAGCCAAGACCGUGGCGGAUUCUUCUCCAAUGACGCGUUGACUGCUCUGAGAAACAGAAGCUAUGACUCGCGUUUGAAUGCGAUGAUCGGUGUAAACAAGGACGAAUUUUCAUUCUGGUCUCUGUAUUAUCUUCCAAAAUAUUUCAGGAGAGACGAAGAAGUGCCUAUGAACGAGGAUGGUUUUGCCGAAUGCAUUGACCUGGCCUUGGCGUCGAUGCCGCUGGUAAUGCGAAACGGCAUAGUCCACCAGUACUUAGGAAGAAACUGUAACUCGUCGAGCAGGUUCUAUCGAGACACGAUCUUGAAUCUUCUUGGUGACUAUUUUUUCACCUGCGAUGCCUUGUGGGUUGCCGACGAGCUGUCCGCCGUAGCCACCAACAACGUAUACCUGUAUCAGUUCAGCCAGCACAUUUCCACAAACCCAUGGCCUAAGUGGGGCGGCGUCAUGCACGGCUACGAGAUCGAGUUUGUGUUUGGUUUGCCGUUGCUGUUUCCGGACAAUUACACCAAGGAGGAAGCAGAGUUUUCAGAAAAGAUCAUUUACGCCUGGACUUCCUUUGCUAAAAACGGGUAA